AUGCCUCAGAACCACAUCCCAGAAAAUGAACAGGGAAUCUACACCCAACUCUCUGCCAUUAGAACAUACCUAUCGCAGUUGAAGAAAGACCGGUCGAAGUUUAUCGAGAAGAAUGAUAUCUACGCCAAGUACGAGGAGGUAUUGCGUAUACUUAACGAAUUGACAGCGCUCCGCGGUACAACCACCCAGUCAGUAAAUCGUGUGGAUGCAAUCUUCGACGAUGUAUGUCAGUUGUUGAGCUUAUGCUUUGUGACGGCAGGUCUCGUCAAUACGGCCCCCGCCACCUACGCCUCUUUGUGCACGGUGCACCGGUUGCUCGAGCACCUCAAUGAGAGCGGAAUCUACACGGUGCAUGAUUUGGCGCCGAUUAAAACCCGCUUGGAUGACAUUCGCCAAAUUGUAAUGGGUAGUCAGCGCGAUAGCGAGCACCUACACGAAGAGAACGCUUUAUUGCACAAAAAGUUGCGGCUCUGUGAAGCGGAGUUUGCAGCGGUGGAGCGUCAGACGCACAAGAUCCCUGCCGGCUUGAAGCAGACGUUUGGCAGCUUGGUGGAGCUUAGACAGUGUUUGUACAGCCUUGCUUCCACUGAAAAACCUGAUAAGGACAGACUCGCGCCGCUCGUCCAGCGGUUAUCAGAGAUUGAAGCCACCCGUGACGAUUCUGGAAAGUUUGUGUCUGAGGAUGGCGGUGAAGCUAGUGAAGCGGUGAUGAACGGCUUACUUGAUGAUUGUCAUAACUUGAUCGACGAUAUGGCAAUCCAUAACAACACAAUCGACCCGCAGUUGCAGACAGACUGCGCGCGCCUCGUAGCGAUCAAAACCUCUUUGGAGAACUUAUUGGUCACCCGGCGCUGGACGUUGCGCGAGACGGACCUCUAUUACUACCAGAAGCAGUUACAGGAGAUCGAAGAGGAGCGUGCAAAGAAGAGCAAGACCAUUCAGGGCCACGCCAUCAUUUUAUACCUCCUCAGACGUUGCUACGCCAUCAUCUACAUUUUGCUCGAGAGCUCCGAGCCGGUGUCUGAAGCGUUACAGCCGCUUCAUAACCAGCUAUCCACCGUCAGACGCUGCCUCUUGGAGGUCAAGCGCAUGGGCGGCAUUUCCUCCACCCGCGAAUUGUACCCGUACCAGAUGAAGCUUGCAAGCUUGGAUAAUCUCCGCGUGGACGGCAAGUUUAUGGUUAAGGGCCAGAUCCCUGAGGGCCAGGGCACCUUGAUCGCCCUCUUAUCCGAGUGCUAUGAGGUCUGCGACGAGAUGAAAGUCGAGUUGGAGGAG